AUGGUUCACUACAAGCUCACUUACUUCGAUGGACGUGGUCUUGGGGAAAUCUCUCGACAACUUUUCCACCUUGCUGAAACUCCAUUCGAAGAUGUUCGUCUUAACUUCGAGCAAUUCGGUGCUUUGAAGAGCACUUUCCCCUUUGAGCAAGUCCCCGUUUUGGAGGUUGACGGACAAGUUAUUCCUCAAUCAAUCGCUGUCGCUCGUUACUUGGCGAAAAAAUUCGACUUUUACGGAAAAUGCCCAUACGAGCAAGCUAUUGUUGAUGCUAUCGCUGAUCAAUACAAAGAUUUCUACGUUGAGAUGAAGCCCUAUUACUAUUCUGCUAUCGGAGUUCAACCAGUUACCCCAGACGAACUUAAAAAGUUGGAAACUGAUGUUCUUGUUCCAGCAAGAGAUAAGUUCUUACGCUACAUGACCAAUUACUUGAAGAAAAGUUCCUCUGGUUUCUUGGCAGGUGGAUCUCUCACCUUUGCUGAUCUCAUUGUCGCCGAACAUGUGUCAACCAUUCUCACAAUCUUUCCUGCUUACGUUGACUCGUACCCUGAGGUGAAGACCCAUUUGGAGAAGGUCCAUGCUGUUCCUUUGCUUAAGAAGUGGCUUGACUCUAGACCAGUCACCAAAUUCUAA